AUGGCCAACAACCCCAUAUUCAAACCCUCGCCACUAUCCUUUGGGUCCCCAAGGGCGUCGCCCUUCCGGCGCCCGUCCACUCCCAACUCCCCGCCCUCAGCCAGUCGCACAGUAGGCACCCCAGGGAGCUCGCCUAGUCGGGGCUAUACCCCUAUGGUGUCACCCAGCAAGCUCAAUCAAUCAUAUACAGUGGAGCAUGGUGAAUCACGGUCUCCGAAGAAUGAUCGGCCUAUUCCCCAACCAAACUUUGGCAGAGAGCUCUCUCCCUCUCCAACAAAAGGAGCGCGGUCGCCGGGCAGCUUAUCUCCAAUUAUGGGGACCAGGACAACUGGCUUUGCAGGACCAGCCAGUGACGCAGCCGGGAAGUUGCCGGCACACCAAGUGAGGGAGAUUAGAGAAGCUUUCCAAGUGCUUGAUCGGGAUAACGACGGACUUGUAAACAAAGAUGAUGUGAUUGAUGUGCUUACCACGUUAGGCCAAGACUCGUCUGCGUCUACGAUCGCGCGCUUCUUCCCACCAGGAACAGGCCAGACUAUGAACUUCCCGAAUUUCCUCAAUACGCUCUCUGGACUUAUGGCAUCAAUGUCGCCCUCACAAGAGCUUCUGAACGCCUUUGCUGCGUUUGAUGACGAUGACAACGGGCAAAUUGACGCCGCUGAACUACGUGAUGCUCUAUUACAUACAGCCCCUGAAGGUGGAGAAGAACGAUUAACUGAAAGACAAAUCGAUGAAGUCUUCAGCGGAUUUACAGGGCGCCCAGCCUUCAUUGGCCGGGGAGGAAAAUCAGGUGGGUUGGGUAAGAAGGGUGAGGUUUUCCAAUACCAUGAGUUUGUUCGCAACGUUAUGGGCGGAGAAAACGGCAAUAAUACACCAAGAGAAGCAGAUGCAGCACAUGUAUGA